GUUCAUGCGCACAUCGAGCACUUGCUGGGCAGGAGCACGGAGCAAGCCGGAGAAAAGGAGACGGUAUAUUUCUCUCAAGACGCCGUUUAAGACAUUUGCUGAUUCAUUUAUAGGACAUUUCAUGUUGAAUUUACUUCUUAAACUGCACACGUCGAGUAUGCUCUCUGCUGGUAGGCUAUAUAAAGAGGCUUAUAUGUAGGUCAAUUUACUGUUUUGAUGUCCGACUUUGUUAGUGUGACCAUUUCCCGCUAGAUGGCGGGACAGAAUCGUAUUUAUGUCGUACACGUGCUGAUGUCAACAUAAGUAACAUUCGUCGUCGUCUCAACGUUCAGAAUGAGUGUCGAAGUGAAGACCCCGACACGGACUCAGUUUGAGCACACUGAGUUCCAUUGUGGUGAGAAACAAUUAACUAGUCGAGGUUCUCCGCCACUUAGAAAAUUUUCAUUCAGUGACAAUGUUAAUAAGAAUCAGAAUGAAGGGAAACAGAUUCGGAAACGCCGAUUUAGUCAGUUUCGUGCGGAGACAAAUCAACAACACCAGGCCUUUGGUUUCAAGAGAAAGAGGCUUAAGUCGAUGCCAUCAGAAACAAUUGUACUUCCUACAAAAUUUCUUCUUGGAGGGAAUAUCAACGAUCCAUUAAACCUAAAUAGUAUGAAUGAUAAGGAAAUUGACAAAGUGUUGAAUGAGAAAACGCCAGUGUCCUCGCCCUUGCCAACUCCUCUCCAUAGGCAAAAGGUUGAGGUUCAUAUUCCCACAAACAUCACCGACCCUUUGAACCUGAAUUUGGAUGAGGACUGGAGUUUAACAAAAGGUGGUAGUCGCAAUAAGAAAAAACGUCAACACAAAAAUAAGAAGAAAGGAGACACGAGUCAAAAUACAUCAACUUCAUCUGUUUUGUCAACAUCUGUGUUGAAAGAGCCAUGCUCUGAAAAACGAAAAGGUCUUCUGGAAGCAUUAAGGAUUGAAAUUGAUGAUGAUGACAAUUCUGUUCCUAGUGUUCAAGAUAAUAGAAACAUAUCUACUUUAUCAACAGAAUCACCAGAAAAUGCGAAGACUGUUAGUGUUCCUAAUGCAGACAAAAUUGUCUCACCUGUGAUCCCACAGAUUUCACCUAGCAAUUCAUUUUACCGACGGCGGCGGCGGACUCUUAGCAUGAGCGAUGCCAGACCUGAACCAUCUUCAUCAGUGUCCCGGUCCAUUUUGAGAACAUCAUUAAGUCCACCAAGAGCUUCAUUUGAUCUAGACAAAGUGACACCGACACCACCAAAAAAGUUCAAAAGACAAUUUAGUCAAAAACCUAUAGAAAAAAUCACUUCAUGUUCAACUUCAAACAAACAAUUCUCAAAAAAAGGGAAAUUCAUCUAUGGCAACUACAACAGGUAUUAUGGAUAUAGAAACCCUGAUACUGCAGAUGAUCAGAGACUGAUGUCCUUCAGAAAGGAGUGGUUCGAGGGAAAGGAUGCAAUUGACAUUGGAUGCAAUGUUGGUCAUGUGACUUUGGCUGUAGCCAAAGAAAUGCAUCCGCGUAAGAUUAUAGGAAUUGACAUUGAUUCUAGUCUGAUUGCUGCUGCUAGGAAAAAUGUGAGGCAUUACAUCUCGAAGGAGAAUAUGAGCUGCGGAAGUUUUCCCAUUUCAAAUACUCUGAGUUAUGGUCCAAUUGCUGCUCCACCAGUGAAUGAUGUUUAUAGCUACCCAAAAUUUCCACACAAUGUUGUGUUUGUACAGGGAAAUUAUGUACUCGAGAGAGAUGAAUUGUUAGAGCUGCAGAAAGAAGAUUAUGAUGUAAUCUUAGCGUUAAGUCUGACAAAAUGGGUUCAUCUCAACUUUGGUGAUGAUGGUCUCAAGAGGAUGUUCAAGAGAAUUUACAGGCAGCUGCGACCUGGGGGACGACUGAUCUUGGAGCCUCAGCCCUGGUCCUCGUACAAAAAGAAGAAGAAGCUUACGCCCGAGAUCUACCAGAUCUUCAAGAGCAUAUCUUUCAAACCAGAGCAGUUUUCCGACUACCUUCUGUCUAAAGAGGUUGGAUUCUCCACUUGUGAAGUUGUAGACACGCCCUUCAACAAAUCUAAAGGUUUCCGUAGGACUAUCCAGCUUUUCACAAAACCGGAGACUGCAGCUAACAGCCCAAAACAGGACACUGCAACCAGUACGGAAACCACGGCUAACAGCCCAAAACAGGACACUGCAACCAGUACGGAAACCACGACUAACAGCCCAAAGCAGGACACUGCAACCAGUGCGGAAACCACGACUAACAGCCAAAAACAGGACACUGCAACCAGUACAGAGACCACGGCUAACAGCCCACAACAGGACACAGCAACCAGUAUGGAAACCAUGGCUAACAGCCCAAAACAGGACACUGCAACCAGUAUGGAAACUGCAGCCAACAGCCCAAUACAGGAAGACGCUGCAGCCAGUACAGAAACUGUAGGUUGUGCCUCAACUCCAAUAACUUCAGAGGGAAAAGAGAAAUCUUUAGAGACAUGCGCUGGGCUGGAAAAGACAGAACCAAACUCUGUGGACUCUGCAUUUAUCUAAAUCAUGUGCAAAUGGAACUUUGAUCUAUAACCAAUAUCAAAAUGUGAAUACAAUAGUCUAUAGAUUGUAUCUGUUGAUAAUUAACUGCCGUACAUAUUAUGCAUUCAUUGGUGUUAAAUAUGGCUUACAUGUAUGUUAAUGAUGACGUAGACCAGAAAUGGACGUGUACGCAGUAAUCCACAGUAUGCUAUCAAUGCAGUUUUUAAGUAUUUGGUAGGUCUCUAAAAGGAUUCCUUUCAUACAACAUUAAAUUGUAGAACAUAUUUUCAGAUAUUUAUUGUUUUUAGAUGUCUUACAAAUGACCGAUUUGAUAUGAAUUACUGUUGAAAGAGGUAUCUUUUUAUUUUAGCAAGUCAAAAAUAAUAUCUGUAAUCAUGAAGUCAUCUCGAAAACAGUUGACCUAUAUAUACUGUAUGUCCUAGCUAGUACCUCGUAACUAGUUUGACUUGUAUUUAGAAUUAUCUCAGAAAUAAUAUGUGAGGAGAAAUUGACAAGCAAAUAUUGUCUAAUAAAAUAUAGUAUAGCUAUAUUUAAGUAAAUUUAAAUUAACACGUUCCUUCGACACCUUCAGGCUUGUCUUUUUUUCGUUAAUCAAGGGUACUUAUAAUUAUAUAUAUUGAUUUUUGUGUGAACAUUCUAAAUAUUGAGUGCUGAUAUGUAAGUAAGGCAAAAUUAGGGAUACCUUUUAAACACUGUAGCUAUAUAAUGUAACUGUAAAAAAUGUGAAGCUAGAUUAAAUUCGCUGACUUUCAGAUUAUGUGUUGUUCUUCAUUAGGACAAUAAGAUGUGAUAUCAAAAUUCAUACCUUUUAAGCUUUAAAGUGUCUGAUUAUUAAAAUUGAAAGCAGGCCAUAAGUCAUUGUAACUUGCAGUUCUCAAAAUUUAUACAUAAAUACUGGGAAAUUGAAUAGGUUUUUUUUGUCUGAAAAUAAUUUGUGCAUGAAUUAUUUCUUGCUGGAUUAUCUCCCAUAUGUCGUGACUUAUAUUUAAACGCCCACCUAUAUAGCUACCAGGUUUGGAAAAUCUGUUUGGUUAAAUAUUAUGCCUUUUUGCCAAAUUGCCAAGGUUCAUAAACUUGUUUCUACUGUACAUAUGAACCAGCAGUUAACAGAGAUUUUGUUUCAGUUUCAGUAUAUGGUAUAAAAUUUCACUCUAAAUCAGAAAGACCAUUUGAUGGACUGUAUUCUGUAAUGUCUUAAUUAAAUUUAGUGUAACAAAAUAAUCAUGUUUAAACUAAAAAAAAAUGACAAAACUGUUCGCUGGGAACAUGCAAUUGUGCAAAACAUAUUUCAUUUCAUCUUAUAUAUACGUUUCUUUUUGAGACCUCAAUGCCUGUUCAGACAUUAUGUUAAGUUUAAAUUUUGUGCACUUUGGAAUAUCUUGGGAUAUAACUUUCCCAUUCUCAAUUCACAUUCUAUAACAUUAAUGCAUAAUUCAUUAAACCAAGGUUGGCUGUGCAAUUUUCUCCCAAUCAGUUAAAUUUCUUGAUAAAAUAAUAAAAUAUUAGACAUAAUGGCCUAGAAUACUGAACAGGGCCAUGGUAAAGUGAGUGUUUGUUUCAAUAGGCUAUAUAUAUACCGGUAUACAGAUCUAUUUAUUUCAGAUUUUAAUAGUGUUUAAAUUUGUUAAAGGUUCUAAUGUUAUUGGUAGCUGAAUGUCCUACUUAAUGUAGAGGUCACCAUAUCAGUAAAAUGGAAUUGGAAACUUGUAGUUGACCUUACAUCUUGAAGCUCAGAUUUUGUGGCAAUGCAUUCAAAAUGACGUUUUUUUAGCCGUGACAUCAGAAGAGAUUGGUUGUGCUUGCACAUAAAUAGUCUGAACAGUAAUGCUGUAAGUGAAUAUGCACAUUUUCAAGUUAUAUUUUGUUGUUUAAUGUUAAUGAUGUAAUAUAUAGUUAAGAAUUUUAUUGAUAUUCCAAUAUAAACUAAAUAUACACAAUUUGCAUUUAUAUUGUUAUAUAUUAUAUUUUAGUCAUCAGUAAAAUAGAUGAAGUAAAUGUGAAUACUAGAACUGAUUAAAUAGUAAAUCAUAGUUUAAUGCCUGCACACCAUUGUAUUCGGUUUCAUUCAUUGUUCUAUUUUUAAAUGAAAUUACAUGCAUUUAGCCUCGUGAUUCAACUUCAGAGAAGAUAUUACGAUCUGACUUUUCCAUAAAUGAAAUUGAUUUAAGACAAGUUUGAUCGUUAACCAUUUACUAUAAUCAGGCUGUUCCAUCUAAUGUGAUUACAUAUGCAGAUAAAUAACAACCAAUCACUGCAGUGCUUCCAAAUGGUUAUACAUGCCCAUAUAUGGUAUGUUUGCUGGGGUCGGACCAAAGUAAAUCCAGAGGUUGAGCAGUAGUCUACCAGACAUGAGCUGUAUUCUAACUUCCUGUUUCUAUACACAUGAACCCAAUUUUGCUCCUGCUUUAGUUGGAUCGUAGUCACUAUAUUUUCUGAUUAAAUUUGUUCAUAACGAACCUAUUCUAUAGUUCUAUGGUCCGUCACAUAUAUCCCAGCCCUGUUUUAAAGUGGACCAGUAAAUAUCUGGUAGUGGAUACACAGAAGUUUUUCUCCAAUGUUUCUUGUAUUGAAAUUACUGAUAGAAAAUUUUUGAUCUCUUGGAAAUUUUUGAUUUCUUGGAAAUCUGCCAUAUUCUAGAGUUUAAAAGUGUAGGGAGACAUACAUGCAUAUAAAGCCGAUAUUUAAAUCUCACCUGAACAGUUCUUUACAAAAUUUUGGGUCUGAUUGCCACUCUAUAUAUGCAUUUAUUUUUGAAAACAAAAUUAUAUUUGUCAUUGCAUCACAUAUUAUUAUUGGAAAAGUGCUUGUCAGAUGAUUAAUUAAGUCUUUAAGGUCAGCUCUGAUAAUUGGAAUACGUUAUUGAGUGGUUGUGAAGCAUAGCAUACUGUACAAUAUUGCAUGGUGAUGUUCUGCCUGGUUGGUGCUAUAGUGGGAAAAGCAAUAUAACAUACCUGUUUGUCUUGUAUAUCAUCUGCUAUGCAUUGGCAGGUUUUGUAAAAUCUCAUUGUUGGACAAAUUCUAGCUAAUGACUGCAAAUAAUAAUAGGGAUGUACUGCUUUAAUUUGUGCUAUAAGCACAGAUUUGCAAAGUGCAUUUUAUAUUUUUUUUCAUUUUUCUUCAAAUAAUCAUUAAAAACUCUCUAUUAAUUUUUGUUUUGUGAAUUUCAUUUCUUCUUAAAGUGAUGUUAAACCAGGUAUAGGACUUCUAUUAUGUUUACCAAAACCUUAACCACUAGGAUCUGACUUGUUACAUGCUGUUGUUUAUAUCCAUUUAUAUACAAAUGAUACUGGAUCCUGGAAUAUCUACAAAAAGAAACUGUUUUUAAUCUUAUAAUACUGAAAUGUGGCUAUGUGCUAAAACAUAUCAUUUUAGCAGUAAUAAGAUAUUUUGGACAGAUUUCAGAAGCAUUGUUAUGAUAAUUUUCAGAAAAUAUUAAAUGAUGAUUCUCAUCUUACAGGUUAAAGAUUUGAGGAGAAAUGUAAUUUUACUAAAAUAUUUAACAUGCCUGCAUAAUUUAUGUGAUGAGAAUUGCUGUUUUGGGUAUUUUUUUUCCUUCAAAUAGCCAAAAUAUGACAUUGGCAACUUUUCCAGUAUGCAGUAUCAUCCUGUAAAUGGAAGAAUAUAAUUUGUCUUGAGCUUGAUAAUGUUAUAAAUAACACUGAAUAAAAUUCAGUUAAGUCGU